AUAUGAAUUUCACAGGAUAAUGAAAAUAAUUUUUACGUACUUCACACCGCAAAUUUCCAAAAACUUAUCCAAUUAAUUUAACUCCUAGUCAAGAUAUCUACAAUUACCAAAGAAAUAAUACAAUCGGUGAAGUGAUAUAACAGAAAUUUCUCUGGGCACGUUCCGUAUUUUAUUUUGUGCACGCGGGACACUUGGCCGUGGAGGACGGGAAAAAAUUACAACAGAGCGAAAUUGUCCAUAAAAUAAAAUAGACGCGGCGUCGUGCAGUCGUUGAAUGACGGAGAACGGUCGCAGCCUGGUUUACCGCAAAAGAGUAAGCUGCACCUGUGGGUGGGAGGUAAAGUUCGGUUACGGCGUGGCUUUCACGUUGGCCGUCUUCGAGGUGAAGCGUCUCCUCGUGCUCGCCUUGGAGAUAUUUGCAGAAUGGCAGGUGAUCCGUAUCGCAGGUGGUUCCCAACCGAUCGCCCUUACCUUGGCGGACGUGACUCUGGGAUUGUCGUGCGCCCUUAUCACCGUGCGCACUAUACGCAGGCGCAAAUCGAGUCCCCGUUUGAAAACUAGGCAGGUGCUGAGAUGUCUUCUGAUAAUGAUAAUUGUGUGCACCGCUAUGAACACGAUGACGUUAGCUUCGAUAGGGUAUCACAUCAGUGUGAGGCAAGAAACCUUAAUUGACGUCUUCAACGCCUCCAUGCAUCUGUACGCUACUGCCGUGUCAUAUAAAUACGCAAUCGACGAGAUCCAAUUUGUAUUACAGUGUUGCGGCCACUCCUCUUAUACGGAUUGGUUUCUCUUCGAUUGGCAGAAAGUAGAUUACGCCUCUCGGGAGGAAAUGGCGGAACAAACUAGAAUCUCAGACGAAGACUAUAGGAGUCUUGGAGUUCCUUUUAGCUGCUGCAACUUGCGCGCCGCGGCACCUUGCAUGCACUUGGAGAUGAUGGAUGACAAAACGAUAAACGUGAAUGGCUGCGCGGAAGUUAUCAGUCCCAUUCUUCUCAGAAUCGUCAUUGUCGCUUACAUCAUGACUAUCACUUUGAUUGUUAUACAAGUGUUACUGACCUUUCUAAUUACCAGAGUACGUUAUCGUGUUUAAUCUGACACGAGCUGCGCAUUCCUAGAAUAACAGUUCAUGGAUUUUACAUCAUA